AUGGCGAGCGGGGCCCCAGCUCGCGUCCGCGAAGCCCCCUCCAGCGCCCCCAAGCCCUCCUGGGCCCUUCCCCGUGCCCCCUCACUUAGGUUCGACGGUGACGCUGACUUGACUCGAAGGCAGCCCGCCGGCUCCGGCAGACCUCAGCCCGGCGCCCGGCCCCCGGCCCCCACCCGGCCCGGAAUGCAGGCGGCCGGGAUUGCAUGUUGCAGCACAGAGCUCCGCCUCCCCCGCCCCCAAGCGGCGGCAGCAGAGCUGCGCCUGCCUUGGGGACACAUAACCAGAGCUCCAAGUCGGACCGGCUUCUGGAGUCCCGCCCACGUGGUGCUCUUUGAUAGGCUUAGAGAGUCUCGUUUUGCCAAAUCAGCAUCCAACAUUGUCCCGCCUUUGACUGUAGAGAGCUACCCGCACGCUGAUUGGCUAGGCUACCCCACUUCGGCUCUUGAUUGCAAGAUGGCUGCGUCUGUUACCUCUGCCUCCCGCCCCUACAGGCCCCGCUGUGCCACCUGGGUCGUGCCCGCGCCCCUCAUCUGGUGUCUCCCCGAAACGCGGAGCUUCGAAUGUCGGUUAUCUGGCCCUUCCUUUCCUCAAUGUAAUGACUGCAGAAACAAAGACGGCAUUGGCUGAAGGAGGAGGGUAAAGGUCAAAAAGAAUUUUAUUGAACCAUCCUUCCCAUAAUGUCCUGUAGUAUAA